AUGUGUUUACAGACUUAUGAUAUGUGGACGAUGUGCAACUGCAUUCAAUUAGGACGAGUUCAGCGUUGUGAAGAGUUCGGCGUGCCAUUUUUCAAACGGGAGCGCUGCACAGGACGUAUUUUACGAGCUCUCAAUAUUGGCAUAAUUGGAAUUCCCGAGGAGCGGCUUAGGCACAAGGCAGGAAUGUGCUCUGAGUGCUCGGAGAAGUUGUAUCAAGAAAUGUGGGCGCUUCGUUGGGAAUGGACGUCUCGUCAGAGUGAAGAGUGGGCGGCGAACCAGCGUGACAACGAAUAG